AUAAAAAUAUUGUCAAAUUUUCAAAAUUCAACACUCCCUAAGAAAAUUCAAUUCAAUAUAGACGAUAGUUCUAUCUGAGUUCUCUGUUUUUUGAAGUUUUAGUUGAAAUUUAAAAAUCAAAAUAAAUGCAAUAGUCAAAAUCAAGCAGAUCCUGCUGCAUUGGGAGUUGGGAUUGGAGAGAGAGAGAGAUUUAUUACAUUUCCGCUGCAAGCGCAGGACGUGUUCAAAGCUCCUCCCACUAUAUCACGGAAUAUGUUCGACGAAAAGUCUCUGAGAAGUGAGAAGCAAAACAAGCCAAGUACACCUACGAAGAGAGCUUCAGAGAGAUAGAGAGGGAGAGAGAGAGAUGUGGAGGCGCGUCAGCUUUAUUUCUACUUUGAUUUCAUCGUCAAAAUCACCUGUUAGAGACCAGGCAACACAUGGAUUGAAGUUUUGGGAAUCAAACACAAAAGAAAUACUCACUCAGGCAAAAGGUGGAAUGUCUCCUAAAGAGAAAACCCCAUUCAUUACUUUCGUCUUAGGUGGUCCUGGUAGCGGCAAAGGCACACAAUGCACAAAGAUUGUUGAAACCUUUGGAUUCUCACACCUCAGUGCUGGAGAUCUAUUGCGGAAGGAAAUAUCAUCUGACAGUGAAAAUGGGGCCAUGAUUCUUGAAAUAAUUAAGGAAGGGAAAAUUGUUCCUUCGGAAGUGACUGUGAAACUGAUCCAGAACGCAAUGGAAUUGAGUGAAAAUUUUAAAUUCUUAAUUGAUGGUUUCCCACGAAGUGUGGAGAACCGCACGGCAUUUGAACAAAUUAUUGGAGCGGAACCAAAUAUCGUGCUUUUCUUUGAUUGCCCUGAAGAGGAGAUGGUAAAACGAGUGCUUAGCCGUAACCAGGGACGAGUUGAUGAUAAUAUUGAUACAAUUAAGAAGCGCCUUAAAGUAUUUACAGCACUAAAUCUUCCUGUUAUCAACUAUUACUCAGAGAAAGGGAAACUCCACAGGAUAAAUGCAGUAGGAACAGUAGAUGAAAUAUUUGAACAAGUUCGUCCAGUGUUUGCUGCAUACAAGACUUUAUUUUGCAGCGGAUGAUUCAGUGAAGAGGAAAUUUAAUAUAUUGAAGGAGAAAGCAAAGCAAAGGGAGACCCUGUUUUUUGUUUAGAGUCCCCCUGCCUUGAUCCUGCAAAGACAGGUAGCUUUAUAGCUUUUUUAAAUUUUGUGGAGUACAAGAAUCCAAUAAUGCAGGCAAAUUUGGCGGCUUUAGGGGUAAUCCUUUUCUUUUUCUUUUCUCCGACUUCUUGAUUUUACGUGUAUUACUAUUAUGUAUAUAUAUGUAGCUUUUAAGCUGUAAUGAAAGCAGUGUUCUGCUUCA